CUGAGGGCUUUGUUGUUGGAUAUUUAAAAAAAAAAAUUAAAAUAAAUUUGCAUGCCUAAAUGUUUACUUGGUAAUCACUGCGCUGCUGCGGUGAAGUGAGUGAAUGUGAGAGGGACAGCAGCAGCAGCAGCAGCAAGUGUCAUCUGGUCUUCCAACUUGGGGAGGGCUUUGGAGUUUAAAAUGGUGUGAAUAUGAUAUCCAUCUCUAGCCAUCGGUAUAGCUUAUGCAAGUGGAGAUCUGUCUGCACCAUUGAAAGUUGACAGUUGAGAGGCACUAAUCUGACAAAAGGACCGUGUAAAUCAACAACAGCACAACGAUUUUGGAUUGCAAACACUUGUAAACUUUGGGACUUGGGGCGCAAAAAUAAAGGGACUCUGCCUGAAUCUCGGGCGGCUGCAUGAGAAAUAGAGUUGAGAGGACGCACAGGCAAAGGGAGAGAGGAAGACACCGAGGAGGUGAGUGACGGAUUUACCCUCGGAGGGGUAAAAGAUGACUGUUGUGUCCCAGGAGAACCACGACGAGACGGUGGUCGUUACUCCUUUGUUGGAAGAUGCUGGUGAAUUGGAGCCGGCGGAGCAGGAGUGCAGCGAGAGGGUGGUCAUCAACAUCUCAGGUCUGCGUUUUGAGACACAAUUAAAGACCCUCUCUCGCUUCCCGACCACGCUUUUGGGAGAUCCACGUAAAAGGAUGCGCUUCUUUGACCCGCUGAGAAAUGAAUACUUCUUUGACAGGAACAGGCCGAGCUUUGAUGCCAUUCUUUAUUACUACCAGUCAGGAGGGAGGCUUCGGAGGCCCGUAAGUGUACCUGUGGAUAUUUUCCUGGAAGAAAUAAAGUUCUAUGAAAUCGAUGAAGAGGCCGUAGAGCUUUUCCGAGACGACGAGGGGUUGACAAGGGAAGAGGAGCGCCCGAUGCCUACUAAUGAGUAUCAACGCCAGUUAUGGCUCCUGUUUGAGUAUCCAGAGAGUUCAGGACCUGCACGAAUGAUUGCCAUUGUGUCAGUUGUGGUUAUUCUAAUAUCCAUUGUUAUAUUCUGCUUGGAGACAUUACCCGAGUUCAGAGAAGUCAGUGAAGGGUUCGGCGAUCACCACAAUGGAAGUUCUGACGCCUUAGAGCUCAGUCCGUUCACGGAUCCGUUUUUUAUGGUGGAGACACUUUGCGUCGUGUGGUUCUCUUUUGAAUUCACCAUGAGGUUUCUGUCGUGUCCCAGCAAACCAGCUUUCUUUAAAAACCUCAUGAACCUGAUCGAUGUUGUGGCAAUUGCUCCUUAUUUCAUAACUCUGAGUCUCGAUCUCGCAGAGCAUCAGGGCAGCAGUCAACAAGCUGCGUCUCUGGCCAUACUGAGGGUCAUCCGUCUGGUGCGUGUUUUCAGGAUUUUUAAACUCUCCAGACACUCCAAAGGUCUUCAGAUUCUCGGCCAAACGCUUCAUGCAAGCCUCAGGGAGCUUGGAUUGCUGAUUUUCUUCCUAAUCAUUGGAGUGGUUUUAUUCUCCAGUUCAGUCUAUUUUGCAGAAGCAGACGACCCCGACUCUGGAUUUUCUAGCAUACCUGAUGCGUUUUGGUGGGCUGUGGUGACAAUGACAACAGUUGGAUAUGGAGACAUGUGUCCCUCCACCAUUGGGGGUAAAUUCGUCGGCUCUUUGUGCGCCAUCGCUGGAGUACUGACCAUAGCUUUGCCUGUCCCUGUUAUCGUUUCCAAUUUCAAUUAUUUCUACCACAGAGAGAACGAGGAGGAGGAAAAUGUUCAGUACGUACACGUGACUUGCGGACAGCAACCGCAGCCCUCCAUUGGUGAAUGUGACUCAACCAGAAGUAACCUGUCACUCUCCAAAACUGAGUCCUAUCAGGAUAACGACGAUUUGGAAACCUUGACACAUUCAAACAUGAACCCACAGGAGACAUACACAGGGAAACUGACAGAUGUAUAAAAACGCACCGAUGGAAGAACUGUUUUAUGUCUGGAGGCAGACGAUUAAGUGAAGUUCGUUGUUCCCUCAGAGUCUCAACAAAAAUACAAGUGUGGCAUUCUCUUCUUCUCUCCAAAUUAUUGGACACUUUUUUGUCGUGGAUUAUUCUUGUACUGCCAGUGUUGUAGCCUACAGAGACCUCAUGAUGGAAACGUCUGGAAAAGAUUCAGUCUGCCUGAAUGAACAUUGUGUGUAUCAUCAGUAGAAGAAAACAACAUUCUUUUGUGUAGGCUUUGUAAAUGACCACGCUUUCUUUGUAUAAAAAGCCUUGUGUACAUAUUGCGUUUUUGUAAAUCUGAAUUUGACCUUUUCUCGUGCAGCCUAUAAUGAAAACUUGUAAUCGCAAUUUACCUCUGUGUUGUUAUAAACACUCAGAUUGCCUUUGAGCUCGCUGUAAACAAUAACAACAUAGCCCAGAACAUUUACUUAUGUAAUGUCUGCAUGACAUGAGCUCAUUGUGAAUUUUAAAUGUAAUAAAAUAUUUAUUUUUCUAAUUUAAACAUGUAUGUGAACUUAACUUAAUCCCUUUUUUAAUAAAUAAAUUAUG